AUGAAGACCACAUGUCUGUGGGCUGCCGCUGUGCUGCUGUCAGUCAUCUCUCUGGCCACCAGUGCUGAUUCACCGAGUUCAGGAAAUUCGGACUUAAGAGAGAGCUCAAAAUCCAAAGUGAAGACCUACUGGGCCGACAGCAGCAAGGCCUUCUCCAUCAGCCGCCUGCUGUCCCAGACACUCGAUGGCAAAGAGAACUUCACCUCUCUGGAUCUGAACUACGAUGACGCAGACUCCUUCUCUAAACAGGAGCAGUGGAACUGGCUUUACAACGCUUCAAACCCCCACGACCCUCGAUCCAGGACGAAGAGGAGGCCCAUUGUCAAGACCGGCAAGUUCAAGAAGAUGUUCGGUUGGGGCGACUUUCAUUCUAACAUCAAGACGGUGAAGCUCAACCUUCUCAUCACCGGUAAAAUCGUGGAUCACGGUAACGGGACGUUCAGCGUCUACUUCCGCCACAACUCCACCGGUCAGGGCAACGUGUCCGUGGGACUUGUUCCUCCGACCAAAGCUGUGGAGUUCCAGGUCCACCAGCAGCACCAGCAGUACCACCACCAUCACCACCAGCAGCAGCAGCAGCAGCAGCAGACAGCUCUGGAGACCAAGGACACCAAGCUGUUCAACUGCAGGGUGGAGUACGAGAAGGUGGAGAAGGGCACCAGGAACUCACUGUGUGCCCAUGACCCAUCGCAGAGCUGCCCGCAGGAGCAGACCCAGAGCCACGUGUCCUGGCUGUGCUCCAAGCCCUUCAAAGUCAUCUGCAUCUUCAUCACCUUCUACAGCACCGACUACAAGCUGGUGCAGAAGGUGUGUCCAGACUACAACUACCACAGUGACACCCCUUACCUCCCCACCGGGUGA